AUGCAAAAUAUUAUUGAAUACACCAAUGAAAGAACAAUAAGAGUAUUACCCGAGUUUGACACUCCGGGACAUACCUUAUCCUGGGGUAAAAGUCAGCCGGAAUUGUUGUCCCAAUGUUUCAAUGGUAACCAAACUACUGACACAUUCGGUCCGGUAGGUCCGUCAAAGAACUCGUCGUACAAAUUCUUGGAGCAAUUACUACGAGAAGUUAGUCAUAGAUUUUUCAAUAAGUACUUGCAUUUGGGCGGCGAUGAUGUCCACAGCAGAUGUUGGACCACUAAUCCACAGAUAUUGGCAUUUAUGGAUAUAACAAAUCAAUUCAAUAAACUUGAAGAAUAUUACAUUAAACGGGUUAUAGAUAUUGCUAAAAGUCUUAAUAAGAUUCCUAUUGUUUGGCAAGAAGUGUUUGACAAUGGAUUCAAUGUAGACCCGGACACCAUUGUCGAAUGA